CCCCGGGCGCUGGAUAUAGCUGCCCACUGCUCCGGGUGUGUGUUCACGGUGUUUUCACUUCUCACUGCUGUGUGUGUGCACUUGGAUGGGUUAAACGCAGAGCACCAAUUCCAAGUAUGGAUUACCAUACUUGGAAAAAGUCACGACUUUCACUUUCAACAUAAAUCACAGGUUAUUUACUGUACAAAAAAAAAAAAAAAAUACAAUUGAUUGGAAGUUUUAUUUAGAUUUAAGUGAUACCGUUAAACAUUAUACUGAAUGACAAAAUAUUUUACUGUUAUACAAACAGUAAAAAAAAAAAAAAAAAAAAAGUAUUAAGGUAUCAGAAUAAAUAUAAAACAAGGCCAAAAUUUGGACAAAAUUAAAAGUUGGUCAAAAAGUAUAAUCAGAAUAUUUUAAAAUCAUAUUUAUUAUUGCUUUUGUUUAUGAAUGUGUUUUAUUUCUCUUGUUUGUUAACUGUGAACUUUUCUGUUGAUGCUCUUUAAUGUUCUGUUUGAACAAUUUAAUUUUUGUUCCUUUAAAAAAAAAAAAUCUAUGAGACGCCUCGUGAAGCCGAACACACGUUUUGUGUUCAGUGUGUUUCUACAGCAGUAAUGAUGCAGAAACUGAGCUUUCUGAAAAACUCAAUCAACAGAACCAGGCUAGUGAAGACCAGUCCUCAUAAAUCAGAGCUGAAUGAAUGAAUGGAGUGUUUGAAAGCCGGGCUGAAUUUGGAGGUCUUUCAUUCAUCUCACACGGAGGGCCGUGACCUGCUCUGUGGGACGGUCAGAAGUCAGCGGAGGUGUCAGGGCCGCGGUCAGUGAAUGAAAGGCCUGGGGCUCCUCAGAGGACAAAGAGACAUGGUCAGAUAUUGAGCUCGACUUGCUUUCCCAGCAGGCUUUGCAUACUAAAGCAUGAGAGAGGAGCUUCAUCGCUUUCCAGAUCAUGGGACAAUUGCCACACCAGCCUUACUGAGGAAAACCUCCUCCAUGUCAACAUCCAUCGUUUAGCUGUCCUGUCCUGUCCUGUCCUGCUGGAUUUCAUUCACAGAGGAGAUGGUCUAGGAUCACACGGCUCGCACUUCUUUCAUCUCUUAACGACGUUUGUGCAGUUGCUUGUGUUCAUAAACCCCCGACGCCUGCCGAGCACAGGACAGACCAGCGGCUCUCAGUCCGGCGUCUGGACGUCUCACUCAUGCGGCUCUCUGGAUCUCCUCUCAGACUCCUCUGCUCUCUGCUCCUCAUGUGGCUCUGGCCCGUCGAUGCGGAUCAUCCGGGAGUCUGUCCGAAUCACCUGAACUUGAAUCUGUGGGUGGACGCGCAGAGCACCUGUGAGAGGGAAUGCCAGACCGACCAGGAUUGCGCUGCCUUUGAGAAGUGCUGUACUAAUGUGUGUGGCCUGCUGAGCUGCGUGGCGUCCCGUAUCUCUGACGGCUCCUCCGAUGACGGUCAGUCGGGGGCGGGAGUUUCGGCGGGGGGUGUGGCUAGCUGUGAUGGGUUUGUGUGCAGCCAGCAGGGGGCGGUGUGUGACGUGUGGGAGGGGCAGCCGGUGUGUAAAUGUCAGGACCACUGUGAGAGCGAGCCCAUCUUCACCUGCGCCUCCGACGGCCUCACAUACUUCAACCGCUGCUACAUGGAUGCAGAGGCCUGCGUUCAGGGCGUCACGCUCACCGUGGUCACCUGCCGUUAUCACCUGUCAGGCCCAAACACCAGCCCUCUGCCGCAGGACACCACGGCUCAACCCACGUCCGCCGUUGACGACUCCGAGCCCUUCCCGCCGACACUCCACUCCAACCCUCAGCAGCAGGUGAUUUAUCAGGGCGGGACGGUGAGCUUCCACUGCGACGUGACCGGACACCCACAGCCGGACAUCACCUGGGAGAAGCAGUCCGAGGGAGGAGAGAGAAUCGUCAUGCGGCCGGAUCAGAUGUAUGGGAACGUCGUCAUAACCAACAUCGGUCAGCUGGUGGUGUAUAACGCCCAGGUGUGGGACACAGGAAUCUACACCUGCAUCGCGCGAAACACCGCCGGAGCACUGCAGGCCGAUUACCCGCUUUCUGUCGUGAGGCACAACAGCGAAGACUUCUUCGACGACCCAGAGGCGGGUUUGCCGUUGGGACAGCCGUUCUCGCCAGCCGACUGCUUGGCUGCCGUGGAGCGGGGUGAGUGUGGGGAGAAGCGGGUGGACUGGUACUAUGAUGCGGCCCGGGGCGAGUGCCAUGCGUUUGCGCACGGAGGCUGCGAGGGCAGCCGCAACCGCUUCGAGACAUACGAGGAGUGCCGGGCGUCAUGUCAGCGCGAGGGGCUGGGCGUGUGCUCGCUGCCGGCCGUGCAGGGCCCCUGUAAGCUCUGGGAGGCACGCUGGGCCUACAACAGCCUCAUGAAGCAGUGCCUGGCCUUCGUCUACGGCGGCUGCCACGGCAACAAGAACAACUUCCGCACGCGUAAAGAAUGCGAAGCCACCUGCCCGCAGCCCAAGCAGCGUCAGUGUAAAAGCUGCCGGCCGAGAGGAAAGAUCGUGGCGAGUCUUUGCCGCAGUGACUUUGCCAUCGUGGGAAGGCUCACAGAACUAAUCGAGGAGCUGGACUCGGGAAUUGCGCGAUUCCACCUGGAGCAGGUGCUGCGUGAUGAGAAGAUGGGCCUGCAGCUCUUUGAAACGCAACAUCUGGAGGUGCUGCUGGCGCGCAUGGACUGGAGCUGCCCAUGUCCUAACAUCACGCAGCACCACGAGCUCCCCCUGCUUGUGAUGGGCGAGGUGCAGGACGGCACGGCCGUGAUCCUGCCGGACAGUUACGUCAGACCCAUAUCUGAUCGACGCCUCAAGAAGAUCCACGAGGUUCUGGGCAAGAAGACUUGUGAGAUGCUGCACAGGUUCCAGGACUGAUCUGGCAUGGAUCUGGUGGUGUGGGCAUGACCCAUGUAUCAACUCUGAUACAUGUGGUUUGUAAAAACUUUUAAGCUAUUUAUGGAGAAGCAUGACACCCGCUGAGUUGAUGAAUUUAUUGAUAUGUAUAAAAACAAUGACAAUAGGAAACUUUUUUUUUCAAAAUUAUAUUCAGCUACCCAGUCCACUCAGAAACAUUCAACAAAUAAGGUUGGGUUAAAUGGAGAAAGAAUCUGGUCUAGGAAUAUCAAAGGAAGACAGGCUGAAUAUUUGUUCCAUACAGACUUCUUCUACCAGUCCUGGUCCGUGGAGAGAUUUCUGCUGGUAGUCUUAUCAGAUAGUUUGUAUCCCCCGCACUGGUGAAAUUGGAAGGGGUCUUUGCUGGAGGAACUGUGUGGGGAACAGCUGGCAGAUCAUAUACAGAUUCAUGUAUUUUGGAGCUGCACAGCCAUUCAGUCGUACUGGCUGGAGGUAACAGAAGUAAUACAUAAUUUAUCUGCUGAUGGAAUUGACUGCUCUUUCUCAACAAUUUGUAGCUCAUUUGAUGAUGAAAAAUAAGUACCUUUUAAAGAUAUUAUUAGCAGCUGGAAAGAAAUUGGACAUUGAGACCAGUGUCCAAACGUGGAGAGAAUGACUGUUUCAUUAAAUUUACAGAUGGACAAAUAUUUGCAAUACUGGGAAACAUGGACUGUGUUAAUGCCUUUGUCAAGUCAAGUCAUCUUUAUUUAUACAGCGCUUUAAACAAAAAAGAUUGCGUCAAAGCAACUGAACAACAUUAAUUAGGAAAACAGUGUGUCAAUAAUGCAAAAUGACAGUUUUGUGACAUGUUUAUUGACUAAUGUAUAAUCUGACAUAUUUCCAUCAAGGUGACUAAUGUAAUGAUGCAUAGGUAACCAAGCAAUUGUUCAGUUCUAAUGUUAUAGCAUUUUUUUCUUCUUCACUUUUUCCCCCAAAAAUAUGUUUAAAAAAUACAGGACUGUUAUGAUACUUUCAUUGUGCUUAUAUGAGCUUUAGGAGCUUGACGGUCACAGCGAACAUUUCUCAUCACUCAUCCAUCUGCAUUUGUGUGAGAAAUAGAAUCAUACGGAGAGUAAAUGAUGACAGAACUUUUUUUUUUUCUUAAAUAUUGUUCCUGCUGGAGGCAUUGCUUUUUAUUUAUUUGUUUAUUUUCUAUUUCAUAUUUCCUGUUAGUAGUUUAUUUGAUUUCUAUAAUUAAUAAUUGUUUAUAUAAUUCUCAUUAUUCCUAAGAACAUAGAUCUAGAUAACAAUAUAAAACUCCAUAGUCACGGGAAGAAGGAGGCGGGAACCGGCGAACACUCAAAUCAAACUUUAAUAAUAAAAUAAACACAAAACAGCGCGACAGCCCCUCACGGGCGAC